GUAGACUAAUUAAUUAUGACCCAUCAUUUAUCCGCCUGAACGGAAAAAGGUUAUAUUCAUCCAUUUCUUGCGGUUGAAAGAAGCACCGAAAUGGAGCCUCCUGGUUACUGACUCCUUCAGUCGCGUUCGAUCGAACACAUCGACUUGCAGCGCAGGACGUCUGGUCUGCAGUGCUCUGAUGGACCGAUAAACGAACGGACAUCCGGUCGGUCGGUCGAUUGUCGGUUGGUGCCUGUGCAGUGAGUGCGAAUAUUAUAAAUUGAACUCACCGCCGAGAACACACUCCAGUCGGCAGUGAGCAACCGUCGCGGACAGACGUUUUAUCGGCAUUCUCCGGUCUCCCCGGUUGUGGUAGAGGGUUUUGUUUUUCGGUUGGUGUGUACUUAGUGCCGUUUUAGGUCCUUCGAAUUGGGUGCUCCUUCACUGCAAGCCACAGUCAGUGUUUAGAUUGGAUACUGUCGAACUCGUAGUGGAUGCUGUUGUUGAAUUUUGGGGUAGGCUGUUGCGGUUUGGAUUAACCUUCCGAUGGCGCCAAUGACAAGAAAUUUAGCGGUGAACCACGGAUGGUUGUUAUUCAGUGAAGAGUGAAUAUUGUGUGUGUUUGAAAAGUAGAAACGCGCGGUGCCCGCCGCCGGCCGACAGACAUAUCUCAAUUACUUUUGGGUCCUUCAAUCAACGGAUACUGCAGCACCCCAGAGACCGGAACGUAUCGUUGUAUCCUUGGUGAGUCGUCGUCGUCUGGUCCGGAUAAAAAGAAAAGCAGCUGAGCGUGUACGUGAGGACAAAGGCGAAGACAACUCCUACCAUCAUGUACGGAAUGCUGCUGGAAAGCGUUCAGCACUUUGUGCAGCUCGAGUAUGGAGAACUCGUAUGGAAGCAGGCGUUACACACGGCCGGCUGCAAGCUUACCGUAUUCAACACGUACCAGCAAUACCCGGACAGCCUUAUUCCGGACUUGGCGGCCGCACUGUCGGCCAUCACCGGCAGAAGCAUCGACGAUUUUAUGGUUUUCUUUGGGCGGUGCUUUGUGCGAUUCUUCAGCAAUUUCGGUUACGAUGAGCUGAUCAAGGCCACCGGAAGGUACUUUUGCGAUUUCCUCCACUCGGUGGAUAACAUCCAUCUGCAGAUGCGGUUCACAUACCGCAAGAUGAAGAGCCCUUCGAUGCAGCUGAUCGAGGUGGACGAACAAGGAGCGGUGUUGGUGUACCGAAGUACUCGUUCCGGGUUUUCCAAGUAUCUGCGGGGACAGUUGAUGGAAAUCGCCAAGCAGCUUUACAAUAUGGAUGUGACGAUCAAGGUACUGGAGAGCCAGAAUGACGUCCCAGGAGGGACAGCAGGACCGAUUUCGAUCCAAGGAGGGCUGAAGACGGUGAUCGUCAAGUAUCGACUGGAUUUUGACAAUCGGGACUACAUGCAAAGACGUGUCCACAUCACCGCUCAUCCUUCGCAGCUACAACUGUCCCCGGUGAGUAGCAGCGUUCUCCUGGACCUAUUCCCGUUUGCGCUGAUCCUGAACGAACAGAUGCGAAUUACCGCCGCUGGCGAGAAACUCAUUGAAUCGUGGAUACUGAACAACGCCACCCGCUCCCCAACGGAGCUGAUGGGUUCCAAGGUUACCGAAUACUUCAAACUUCGCCGUCCAACGGGAAUCACGUUCACUUGGGAGAAUAUGAAGCGCCUUCAAACGGUAAACUUCGAGAUUCAGCUGCUCAAAGGAUCAACCGUGCAGGAAUCCGCCGAAGCGAGCGGCACCCAUGUGGAUCUUAAACCAUCGAUUCACGAACACGACGAUCCGUCCAAGUUGAUGUCAAUUGCCCGUCGCGGUUCGCAAGGCCUUAGAAGUAUUCUGCUGAAGGGCGAGAUGCGUUACAUAAAGGACAUCAACUCGUUGGUGUUCCUGUGUAGUCCUCUGAUCAACAAUUUGGAGGAACUGCGUGAGGUUGGGUUGUACCUGAACGAUCUGAACACCCACGGCCUUAGCAGAGAAAUGGUGUUUUCCGGAUUUUCACACAACUCCCGGCUGGAUCUCAUGUGCGAGCGCGAGGAAAAGCGAGCUGAAGAGCUGGAAACGUCGUUGGCCUUGGCCGAUUCGUGGAAACGGCAGGGUGACGAGUUGUUGUACUCGAUGAUCCCUAGGUCGAUAGCUGAACGGCUGCGAGAAGGGCAGAAUCCUCUGGAGACCUGUCAGAGCUUCGAGGAAGUGACUGUUCUGUUUGCAGAAAUUCAGGAAUCGCUUACGUCCGAUGACUCGAUCAAGUACGCGAUGACGACGGUGAACACGCUGAAUGCGGCUUUCUCCGCAUUCGACGAGUUGAUACAGUCACCGAUGGCGUACAAGGUCGAGACAGUUGGCAAGGUCUAUAUGGCGGUUAGCGGUGCGCCAGAUGUUAAUCCUUGCCACGUACAGCACACGGGUGAUCUGGCUUUAGGGAUGCUUCAGAGCAUCCACGAUCUCAAUCUGCCGGGAGUUGGCGUGAAAAUCGGUUUCCAUACCGGACCCAUCGUGGCCGGAAUCGUCGGGCUAAAGGUGCCACGGUAUUGUUUGUUUGGAGACACGGUGAACACGGCAUCUAGAAUGGAGAGCAGCAGCGAUACGAAUAAGAUCCAGGUUUCCGGAUAUACAGCCAACAAAUUGAGGAAAUAUGGUUUCAAGCUUACAUUCCGUGGGCAAGUUUCUGUAAAGGGAAAAGGAGAGAUGGAAACGUUCUGGUUAGAUGCAGGACCUAGUGGUUCAGGUAAACGCUUAAAUAUGUCAUAGUAAAUCUGCUGGCUGUUCAUGAUCUCUUCUAGCAAGAGACAGAUUCAAAAUGUGCCUUCACUUCCGCAAUUACACUCAUUAGGAAUCAAUUUACACAUAUAAGCUCACAAAGACUUACACUUACUAGUUGAUUCUUGGAAAAUAAAUGUGUCUACAUAUGUCUACUG